ACCGCCUAUGCAACCUUCGCGGCCAAAAUAUAACUGUAUAUUCCGGCUUUGUCGAUAACUUUUCAUUAAGGUGAUUUUAAUUUUCUGAGAAAACCAGAAAAAGUAGGCCAUGACGUUUUUCAACGCGGCUGGGGUUCUGAUGUCGUUGGAUGAGUACAGCCAAAAGUGCGUAGAUGCUAAGCCCCUUAGACGCUCUUCAUACAAAACUAACCGCCGCCAGGCAGGACACUUACGCUCCUAUAAAGAUUUAGAUUUUUUCCAAGACGAGGAUGAAGACGACUAUGAUGCAGUACCGACGACGGGUUUUAAGAGCUUGUCCCUCAACAAGGAAGUGGAUCCCAACAUGAAUCAAAUUAAUUUCGAAAUGGAUGAAUUUAACAAGAUCUACUCCGAGGAAACUGGGUCCACGCCGACAGUUUCAUCCAAUCCUGACCAAAGACGCAUUCAAGACAACAAUGCCAGACGUCCGUCGGACGCUUCUACAACUGGGAGCGACAAAAAUUUGCGGCCCAACGUCAAGGCACGUCUUGAUCUGAGAGCUCAGUCGCGUUCAUAUUUUAAAAAAAAUCAGCGAAAACGAAAUAAUCAGAACUGGAAUCAGAACAAUAACGGACAGCAUCACCGCGGCCAAGGCGGUAAUCGUGUCCAGAAGCCUUUAGUGGGUCAGCCUUUGAUGGAGCAGCGCAUGCGCAAUGCUUACAAUGCAUUCUCCAACACUCCGGAGCAGCAGAAUGAUAUCAAAACGACUAACACGAACUCUAUUUUCUCACAGGUCAAUUCGGUGUCGAGCUUUCCGUAUCAGCCUGCCAACAAUUUGGAACAAUCCUUGAUUCAGCCAGAGCGGUCGUACGGCAAUGGAUUCAACGGACCUCAGCAUACCCCAAUGCCGAAUAAUAAGAACGCUGUUGUGGGAGAGCUGAUUGGAAUAAGUCCGUUUGGACCUUCCAACUUUAACGUAGAAGAUGUGGCUCGCAACGUUCUUCUACUCUUGUCAAGUGUUUCUUCCGACGAACCGCAAGGGCAGGUGCAGAACUCAAACUGGAUGGGAGGAAACCAGUACCAGGGCAAUGACACGUCACAGCUACAUCGUUUUAAUUAAAAAUAUCGCACCAUAAAUUUUAUUUCCAGAGUUAUCACCAUUUUGAGAUUUAAACCAUUAAGUUGGCGGGCUCGUUCCGUGUGAAUAGAAUGCCUGCGUAGGGUAAGAAGCAGAUGUCGAGGGGGCUGCGAAUGGCAACAAGUGAAUAGUUGCCGACUGAUGAUUUUUUUUUUUUUGUAUAGAAUACAUAUUUUGGCUGAUAAGAACAGGCUGUGCCGCUUAUCAGCAAUGCACAACAAAAAGCACACACGGACGAGCAAGAUGUGAGAAGCGAAAGCGGACGAAAAUAGAAACAAACGGCGAUAAACUUACAGCAAAGGCGAGCGAAUUUUCAUACAUAAGCACUGUGUUGAUGGAGGAACAACGAAGAGAAUUACGCCAAUAAUCCAAUCAGUUAAUCUUGCAAGCAGGCGGAGCGUGGACGUAAAAAUGCUUAGCGGUUACGGGUAGUGGGAUUGUGCUUCGUGAUAAGAACUCCAGAAAAAGAGCAAUUCAUUUAGCUUAAAAUAUGUACAUAUGUGUAUUGUUAAAUGUAGGACGCCGCACUCAUUAGAUAUUUUUGUUUUUUGGCCAAACGCCGACCGACCAACACAGCUAGCAGAGAACAAAGAAGAAUUCACUUUAUUUCAUUAACUAUCUUGUAAUUUUCCAUUAAAAACCGAUACGCAUUCGGCUCGGGAAUCGAAUUCGGGAUAAGAGUAUACUCCAAAGAAUACAAAAUAAAAGUAAAAAGUAUCCAUAAA